AUGUCCAACAAUGACAGCCAGGACUACCCUGUGGACUACGAAGACGAUUACUUUAGCGAAAUGGAGUUAGAAAAUGCGGAAGAUCAAUCCUCUCAGCAAUUGGACCAGGAGCAGGACCAUCAAACUGCGGAAUGGAGGGACCUCGCUAACAUCGCUAUUGCCGACUCCCUUUCGCCAACGCCUGCACCCAUCUCUUCCGCCACUUUCUCCCUCGAUACACGCUUUCGCGACCUAGGCCGGGAGCUCCGUGCUCGGAUGAUCACUGCCUCUUCAUCGAAGGAACGUACUCACCGUCAAUCCGCCAAUCAGUCGGCAGAAGCCUUUGCUGCUGCUGGCGGGAUUGUCGCCACCCCUUCUCCCACUCGCCUACAACCACCAAGCCGUCGUGGCCACAAACUGGGAGGCACCUCGAAGCCUCGCAAACCAAAGAACUCUGAUUCAACUCUACAUCCAAUCGCCUACCCUCAGUCUUCGCUGCUCGACCAGGGCUCCAAUAAGGAGACAAAAGCGCAGCAGAUGCACCGACUCGAAUGCAACGUUGUCCGCUUAGAGGCGCUCAUUAAUCGUCGGACGGAGGAGAUCCAGACCUCGACUGCCUCCGCCAUUACCUCGCUUCGAGAACAAAUUACACAUGACAUUCAAGUGGAGAUGUCUCGAAGUGAGGAACACUCUGCUUUGAACCUUGCUCCCCACCUCCAGGAGCUCAAGAGUCUUAUCCAUCAGGAGCUCAAAGUGCUGGAAGGACAACUCAAGACUCUCAUAUCUUCGUCAAUACCCCUGGAAGCUAUGAAUGAGCUUUUACUCACAAUGGAGACCCUCCUCAAUCAUUCACCUUCCUCCUCUGUAUCUACAACUACAUCUCCCCUUGUCCAGCCCUCUUCCCCUCCUGCCUCGUUAAUCAAUCGCAUAACAGACUCUCCAUUGCCAAGAUCCGCAAUCAAGCGCCAAGAGCCUCUGGCAGAUGAUGGUGAGCACAGACAAAAACGUCUUUGCAGCGAUCCUCGCUUUGCCCACUCUGCUACGGUGAUUCUUCCCCCAAAUGCCCCAGCCCUCCCAGCGAUGGUGAACCCUCACAUUUUCGACAUGUACCGCCAAUGGUCAUUAGCGCUGAGUUCCGCCCGAGGCGUUACACUACCAAAUGUGGGCUUCAUCGAACGCCUCGGUCCUCGCAACGUUCGACUCUGUUUCUCACCUUUCGGCCUCGAGGCUUUCCUGUCCACCACCACAUGGAGGUGCCAACUUUAG